CGAACAAGUCUGCUCUGGGUUGGUGAUGCCUCUCAAAAUUCACAUGCUACUGAACUAGGAGGCAUAUGCAACUUCCAUACAACUUCUGGACGCUUACAUCUCUACAACAGCUUCAGUAUCACCUCGUCACAAUGUCAUGAAGGACUUCCCAAGUACACUUGCCGUUGAUGCUGCAUCAUGUGCUCUUCAUAGUGGUGAUGUGUGUGACGCUGUUGAGUUGUUGGAACAAGGCAGGGCUAUCAUCUGGACCCAGAUGACACGACUCCGCACCCCCCUUGACAGCCUCCAGACUCAUGGCAAUCAUGCAGUGGCCCUGAUGAAGAGGAUUCAGAGACCUCAGCUCCCUCCUCGAUAAACCUCCUGCGAGCUAUCCAGAAGCAAACCCAAGAGUCGAUGUAGAAGCAGAGGAAACCCGGUACAGACGUCUAGUGGAGGACUGGAAUAGAGCUGUAGAAGAGAUCCGGGAGAU